UCUGGGACUCUGAGGACGCACACGUCUCAUGCUGCCUAGCUAGGAUACAAGGAGGCUUGGACAAAAGGUGGCAGGAAAAAGAAGGCGAGAAGGACACAAGAUGAGUCGCUGGCGGCGGUCGGUGGACGAGCUGCAGGUGCGGCGGCGGCAGCUGGGCGAGUGCGAGCGCGGACAGGAAGCUCUGAGCCGGGUCACUUCCUGUUUCCAGCAGCUGUCGUCCGCCCUGGGCAGCAGCUGUGACGGCAGCUUCUUGAGAGAGGAGAUGGAGGAGAGCAGAGUGCUGGCCUACAAGAUCUGCUGUGGGUUAUCCCGGCGGCUGGUGGGCCUGCUGGCCGAAGGUGACCCUAGCUCGCCCUCCCCGGGGGAGAGAGAGAGCGCAGAGCGAAUCUGGGUCCUCUUCCUGUCCGCGCUCGAGCACUUCCUGCUCGACCUCCAGAAGGCCAGCAGCCUGAUUGGACGGUUUCCACUGACUCAGCGCUGUGAUCGACGCGCAUUGGUCAACACAGGGUCAAGUGACACCAUGGCGGGGGUGGCUGCAUGCGCGGCGUCGGUCCAGACCCCCUGGAUCACCGUGGAGGAGGAGCCAAGCCCGGGGCUGACCAAUCACAUCACAGGAUUGGAGGAUCUGCUGCAGGACAUGCAGCUCAAGGUCUCAGUUCCCUUCUGGUCCGUGGAGGCGACCCAGCAGGCGUGGGCGGAGGCUGCGGACCUGAUGGAGGACAGCGUGGAGGACCUGAUGGAGCUGGAGGUCGUCUCCAAUGAUAACAAGAUGAACUCCUGCUGCCCUUCCUGCUGCCGCCUGGGCUGUCUGCUCUAUUUGCUCAACUAGCCAAUAGGAUCAAAGCCUGAGAUCAACUAGCCAAUAGGACGAGCGCCUGAGAUUAACUAGCCAAUAGGAUCAGAGCCUGAGAUCAAAUGGCCAAUAGGAUCAGAGCCCUAGAAUCACAAGCCAAUAGGAUUGAACCCUAUAGAUGGCAUCAGAGCACCAAUCAGGCUUCUUAAUCGGUUAGCUUGUAGCUGCCAGGGAGCUAGCUGUGGUUAGCUUGUAGCUGACAGGGAGCUAGCUGUGGUUAGCUUGUAGCUGACAGGAAGCUAGCUGGGGUUAGCUUGUAGCUGACAGUUGAGCUGAGGGGGUUUUCCGUAGCACACGUACCCCUGCGCUCCAUAAGAACCAAAAAGCACAACACAACUAAGUUUGGAAGAACAUUUCUCAGCCUUUGCAAUAUGGGCUUAUCUCACGGUACUUCAUCCUUAGCGUAGUGAUUGUGCUAGGGCCUCCCAUUGUCAAACAGUUUGAGUUGAUAACAAAUUAUAUCGGUAAAAUACAUUUUUGGUGAAGCCAGGGGGGAGAUAUUCUUGUUUGUGUACGGUUUGUACACUCAGACAGGAAUGUUCCUUUAAUUACAUAUAAUUAAACUGUCACCCAGAACCUCACAAGAUAUAAAACAUGAAAAGCACCCAGCUAAUGAGAACCUAAGAAAUAUUUUAUCUUAUCAAAAUGUAUUUGUCAACCACAAAGUUUACUACAGGAAUUAAAUGCUAGUAUCUCCAGUGAACCACCUAGAGGCCGUUAGAGGAGCUACAUGCUCGUCUCCACCGUGAACCACCUAGAGGCCGUUAGAGGAACAACAUGCUAGUCUAGCAAACAACCCUAAAAGGUAUACAAGUCAUUUUAGGGUUAAAGAGAAAAACACCUAUUAUUGUGGUUAUUUUAGCACUGCUUCACAUGCAAUAAUAAACAAUAUUUUACUUAA